AUGGCAACCUUCCCUCAGUUCUCGGCCCUGCCUCCUGAGCUCCGCCGGCUCAUCUGGCGCCACUGCCUGCCACGCCGCGUCGCCGAGGUCGACAUUCCACGCAUCGGCAACGAACCUAUGGGUAUCUUCUAUGGCGAUGGCAGCAAGGAAUGCUUGUUGCGCGAGACCUCCCGUCGCAAUGCGGCGCCGCCGACUGUAUCUCGGGUUUGCCGCGAAUCUCGAGAGGUCGCCCUAGAAGCCGGCCACUUUUUGCACUACGGCGCGUUUCAAGGCAUGGAGAACAUUUGGGUCCAGCCCGCUCGCGAUGUGUUGCACCUCAACUGGGAGCGGGAAUGGUGCAUCGCCGACGGCGAUAUGGCGGGCGCCGAGAGCGCCCUCCCGUACUUUUUCUCCAGAGCCGCAAAAGAGAACAUGAUCCCCUCCGUUUGCGCCGAUCUAUUCCUUCCGUUCGACAUCAACAGGGAUGCGAGUUGCUCAGACAACUUUUCGGAUGAAGACCCAGACGAUGCUAGGUGGUUUGACCCAGACUCCGUCGAUGAGGUCUUGUUGGUCGAAAACGCGCCAAAGAUCGUCUUAGUCGCCGUUGUAUUGAUGCUGUUGCACAGCACCGAGACAGAAGCCAUCGACUCGGGGCUCUUUGGGCUGUGUGGCGAGGAGCGCAUUCAAAUGAUUGACUUCGAUGACGCCCCGAAGGUCUCCGCUUUCUUCGAAUUCUGGAAAGAGACCGCCAACAGCCAGCGGGAGACGUCGUCCGCCACGUAUUUCCGAGACAUGCGCGACAGUGACGAGUUCCAGAAAAAAUGUCAAGAUUGGGUGAAAAGAGCCAAAAUUCAUCUGUUCGGUCAUCUCUGGUUCCAGGCUCGAUCCCUCGGGUUUGCAGGCAUUGACGACCCAGACAACAUCUGGGUGCCGGCAGUCACUGGUGACAUGGUGCCGUGGAAUCCGACAAAUCGACCCAACUUGGAUCACCCAUGGGCGAUACAACAGUGGGCUCGGCUUCCAAGACUUGUCCCAAAGGUCGUAUUCAUACAGUGUUCCGAGAGUUGUUAG